AUGGCUGCCUUCGAGAGCCGUCAUAUCAUUGCCUCAUUCUGCCAAGACUUUGAAAUGUUCGUCGCCGGUCUCAGCGGCGUAAUGCAGCGGCAGCCAACCGGCCGCGUCAACCAUGCUUGUAUUGGCACUAUACCGAAGCAGCUCACGUACGAUGUUGUGAUGACCGCCCCGAACGGCUGCAUGAAGUGCUGUGGACCCUGUUCCGUCGACUGCAUUAGGAUCAGCGCCGCGAUCAAGGAGAAGUCGAACCGCCGCGAAAUGACCUCGUGUAAUAGCGAUAUGUAG